AUGGGAAUGAUCACAAGGAGCCAGCAUAUGGGGAUGAGCCCUCAGCCUCCAGACCGUGGGGCGAGCAAGACACCCAUCUCCACCCCUCCUCACCCGUCUCCCGUUCCCAAAACCGCAAACCCCGCAAGUCCACCCGAACCGCUCAUCGUCGAGGACGACUCUCUCGCCGAAGACAGCUCUGACGCCGAGGACGACUUCCUCGUCUCCAUCACCUACUCCUACUCCACCAUCACAGCCAGAGCCCGUUCGUUCCGAGGAAUGGUGCUCACUGGCGUUACUCCGCUUCUACUGGCCCAGAAUGGCUUCUAUUACCGAGCUUCAGGUGUCAACGACUUGGCAUGCUGUUUUGCCUGCCAAUCGACUAAGCACCUAUCCACCUUUCAAGGCACCCCUUUUAAGGAAGUACAACAACUACACGAGAAAGACUGCAUAUGGCAGAUAAUCUCUUGUGAUUUAAAAUACCACCUUGGAACCACCAAGAAAGCCCCCUCCUCAACCACCGCAAUUUCCUCCCCUGAACGGUCAAAUCCUACCGCCGAUUCCAGUACACAAACCACCAAUGACCUCGGUACAAACUCUCGAACCCAAGCAACGCCAAUUACAUCUACUACAGCAAAGGAACAGUUGAAUACCAACCUCGACUGCCGUUCCAAUCCGCUACCCGCCACAAUAGACCCAGAACCGCAACAACCACGACUAACCUGUUCUCCCCAACCUCUCCAGCCGACACGGAUCAUUAUUUCGUCGCCCCAUAACCAACAAACAACCUACGCCUCUAUUCUUCAACGCCCCACCUCUUCACCGCAAUCGACACCUAAACCAGACAAACCUGUCCCUCCCACCAUACCCACACUCACAAUCGAAGAUCUUCAGCGCCGUUUUCACAAUAAACCGUCGCCUUUCCAGCUCGAGAAGAAGCGAAGCCAGCGCUCAGUGAAACGAACGCGGAACAAGAACGCAUCUGCCACACAGUCACUGUCCAGAUUCUUAGCUUCUGCUUUACCCGCGUUCUCGCGGUUUCUAACAGAGAUGCAGCCAAAGUCGGAUACUUGCUAUCCGUCGCAUUCGCAGUUCAACUCUAGCCGCGCCAUGAGGGCAGCCUAA